UCACGGCGAAAAACAGGAGAAGCUUAAUUUCAAAAUGAAAUUCGCACUAUUCUUUGGACUGUGUUUCUGUGUUCUGGCUGUUUCACUAGCAGCGCCACAACCUCAACUUCUGUCUGGAGUUCUCUCAUUGUUUGGUAAUCUUAUCAAUGCGUUCAUUACAACGUUCACCUCCCUUCUCGGCAACGUACAAACCCAAGUUGACAGCACGAUCACUACACUGGCUGGCAUCAUUGCCAAUAUCAGUAGAAAUGCCGGAACUGCUCUGAACACUGGUUUGAGCACUGCUCUCCAGAACGCCAACAAUGCGCUGAUCAUAGCCUCGACCACGCUGAACAACCUGGCCAAUACUGCUCUGACUAACAUUUCAUCUGCGUUGCAAGCACGACUCCAAACUGUUGUCGGCAACCUGCAGGCACUUAUCUUGAAACUAAAUGCAACGUUGGCUAACGCCGCUCACAAUAGUACGGCAGCCAACAGCACCUUCGUGGCUAGCGUGCAGAAUCUCACCACGGCGGUUCAUGCUGCUGUACAGAAUGUUACUGAUACAUUGGCUAUCAUUGUCGGUACUACCGUAGCAAACGCCGGAAUAACGGCUGGCACUAUUAUUGGCGGCAUCGGGGGACUGCUUGGGUCUAUUUUUGGUUAAUUGACAAAGAUAAUCUAAUGAAACAGUAAUAAAUUGUAUCGGGUGACUGCAUCAAA